ACACAACACAGCCCAAUUUACGCAGCCACUCUGAAUCGCCCAGUCGUGAAAACAACUCAUAAUAACACACCCCAAAUCCAUCUUAAUUUAUCUCCUACAAACUCGUCCUCUCGAAUCGGCCUCAGGACCGUGGGGAAAAUCGGGGAGUCUUUUAUCAGAACCGGCAACUGACAGCAGGGAGGGGAGCCUUAACCACGCGGGACAAGCAGACGAUAUUCUCGUGUCGCUGCGACCGAGUGCGUGUGACGCCUCCUCGCUGUAGCUCACAGUGCCCUUUGACUGUGAUCUGUAUUUAAGAGGUUUUCCGACGCUCCAGCCACGCCAGGAAGAAAAUGCCAGCUAAACGCAUACCCACCAGUGAGACGCAGGAACCUCUCACUGCAGCAGAAUUGGAGCCCAUGACCCCCACAGAAGAGAAGAAAGACAUUGACAAUGGCAAAACAGAGCUCAAGAAAGAGCUCGGCUUGGUCGAAGGAAUUGCGAUCAUCUUGGGUAUUAUCAUUGGCUCAGGCAUUUUUAUAUCACCAAAGGGUGUACUGAAAGAGACAGGGAGCGUGGGUAUGUCCCUGGUGGUGUGGGUACUUUGCGGAUUUCUGUCCAUGAUUGGUGCCCUUUGCUAUGCUGAGUUGGGCACUUCCAUACCAAAAUCAGGAGGCGAUUAUGCAUAUAUCAAUACAGCAUUUGGAUCGUUACCUUCCUUUCUUUUCCUCUGGGUUGCAAAUCUUAUAUUUGUGCCAACAACUAAUGCCAUAAUGGGACUCACGUUUGCCAAAUAUGUAAUUCAGCCUUUCUUUCCUGAAUGUGAAAUACCUAAUUCUGCAGUUAGACUCCUUGCAGCUCUUGCAAUUUGUUUCUUAACAUUUAUCAACUGCUGGAAUGUGCGUCUAACUACCAGACUACAGAAUUGCUUCAUGAUAACAAAAAUUGGUGCCCUCUGCAUUGUCAUUGUAGCUGGUCUUGUGACUAUUUGCAUGGGCAACACACAAAACUUUGAAAAUUCAUUUGAAGGGACCAAGACAGACCCAGGGAGUAUUGCUGUGUCUUUCUACUCUGGUAUAUUUUCUUAUGCUGGAUGGAACUACCUUAAUUUCAUGACAGAGGAACUGCAGAAUCCAUUUGUGAAUUUACCCCGUGCUAUCUACAUCUCACUGCCACUGGUGACGUUGGUGUAUGUAUUGGCAAAUGUAGGUUAUCUGGCUGUUCUAACACCUACUGAAAUGCUGGCAUCAGAUGCUAUUGCAGUGACUAUGGCCGACAAGCUCUUCUCGUACGGCAGUUGGAUCAUGCCAAUUCUCGUUGCAAUCUCAGCAUUCGGUGGUCUCUCUGUGCAUAUUAUGACAUCAUCAAGGUUAUGUUUUGUGGGUGCUCGGCAAGGACACUUCCCUGACUGCUUAGCGCUUAUUAAUUAUAAGUGUAAUACACCAACGCCUUCACUCUUCUUCCUUGGCUGCUUUUCACUCUUGUACCUGUGCACGACCGAUAUCUAUAGCCUCAUCGAAUAUUCAAGUUUUGUGGAGUCUUUAUUCAUCCUCAUCAGCAUAGCAGGACUUUUGUUCAUGAGGUGGCAAAGACCAAACAUGACAAGGCCUAUUAAAGUGAAUCUGUUGAUCCCAUGUGCAUUCUUCCUCAUCUGCGGCUUCUUAGUCUUCCUUCCACUUUAUGUAAGGCCCUUAGAGGUCGGCAUGGGAAUAUUGAUCACUGUCAGUGGCAUACCCGCGUAUUUAUUACUUGUCUACCCACAAAAUAAGCCUGCGUUCUUUAGGAAAAUUCUAGAUAAACUGACAGUAGGUACUCAGCAGUUGUUCUUGUCCGUACAAGGAGAUGAAUGAAAAGUGACGUGUUUCAGCUUAGGAACUUUCAGCAUUAUUUUCAUCAUCCAUUUCUCCGUUAAAAUUACUUCAUUAUAUACAUAAUCAUAUCAAGAUUUUUUAGGGAAUUAAAAUAAAAAAGGAAAAAUUUUGUGUGAUAUGUCAGUCAUAAACGGUGUCCAAUAGGACAAGGAAAGGUUCUACAGUUUUUGUAUAUUUUCUGAGAGUUUCUCUCCUCAAAGUAUCGAUAACCUCUCUUAUAAGUGAUGAGCAAAGAGCUUGGAUCAUGAGAUUGUACACAUAUAGUUACUGAGUCUUUGCAGAUGAUUUGUAAGACAUUUUUUUAAAUACAUGAAUUUUCCAUAUCUGAUAUACUAGCUUCACACUCUAUGUUGUGCCAAAAGACAGUUUGGAGACACCUUAAACACCGAGCAGCUUGAGUCUUUGCAAAUGAUUUGAUUUUUUUAAAUACAUGAUGUGGUGAAUACUCCAUAUCUGAUAAGCUAGCUUCACACUCAGUGUUGCUGUGCCAAAAGACCUUAAACCCUAAGCAGCUUCCACUAUUCAGCACUUGACUGGUACUAUCUUUCACUGUGUAAAGUCAUACGUAAAGAUUAUCCUGUGUCAUACAUUAAAAACGAAAAAAAGGUAAAUUGAGGAAAAUAAAUAGGACAAGAGACCCAUGAGUUCUUUUAUCAGAUAUUGUAAUUCUCAUGUCAAUACACUUCAAGUGAUUUUACUUGAUGUACAUUGGAACUAUAGUCAAUUUGUAAGUAUUUUUACUAACUCAACCAGUAAGUUCUUUGUUUACUAUAAUUUAUAAUCCCAUUUUGUCAUUCCUACAUAGUACAACACUGAACAAAGAAGGGAAUCACACCUCAGAGACACAAAAUAGGACAAAAUACCAUGUUAGAUGAAACAAAAAUAUUUUCACUUACAUCAAUGAAAUCAUUUGAAGGAGACUGACACAAGAAAUACAAAAUUUAUUAAAAGAAGAACUCAUAGGUCUCUUAUAUGAUAAUUAUAUAUAAAUGAAUAUAUCCAUGGUGAUGACAUAUAUGAAAAUAAGAAUGAACAGAAGUUUUUUUCAGGACUAGUGAUAAAUAUGGAGGCAGAAUGAUGUAAUUAGUACAAGAUGCAAAUAAGAUGUGAAUCUCAGGAAAAAAUACAUAAAUGUAUUGAAUUGUUUUUAAUGUUUCUAUUAAAUUGAUGUUCAUUGAAUAUGUAUAAUCAUUUAAGUAAACUGUCUUUAAGUAUUUGUGUAACUCAAAGAAAGACAAAAAAAAAAAAUUGCUUUCAUGUACGAUUUACAGACAUGUAGAACAGAAUAUAAUAUAGUAUUAUAUAAUACGUGUACUAUUCUACGGCCGGGUAAAAUUAGCCCAAAAUCCAAAGAAUACCCAUCAAAAAUCAGUACUAAAAGAAAUUAGAUUGCUACUUAUCUUUGAAUGGGAGGUCAUACUUACUUUGAGUAGAUAAGCUCUCAGAAAAUAUAUGAGAACUGUCAGAUAUGUGACGAAUUUGCUGUGAUUGUGGUAGUUUUAGUAUCAAUAUUGAAAAGGCUAGACCAGAAUGGUUGUUUAGGAAAGAGAGAGGAAAUGGUAUUUUUCCAAUUUGUAUAAUAUGGCGUGUAUGGAAAUAUGUGUUAAGAAUUUUGAAUUAUAUGUUUUAAGCAAUUACUGAAAUAUUAUAAGGUUUCCUGUCAGAAAAUAAAUGUAAUUGAUAUUUAAUGUUUGUGUUAUCAUGUUCAUACUCUGAAAUUGCAAUAUAUGAAUUAGUAAUUUUUCGUUGCACUUCACCGAGGUAAUGAAAAUGAAGUUUUCAUUAUGAAUGAUUAUUUCAUUUAAGUAUUAUAAUGAAAUAUUAUUUCAGGUCACCUUAUGACUUUACAUUGCUUUUAUAUUUUAACAAAUGUAUUUUUUUUUUUUUUGUAAAAAAAAUAAAUGGCAGUAUGAAGACAAUA